GCAGAAUAGCAAUAACUUUGGUAGACAUUAUUUCAUGGAGUCUAACAAAGUUUUAAAGUUAGAAGGAGGAAAAUGGACUGUGCAAAUUACAAUAUCAUCGGAUCAUGAAUGAUCACCUUAAUCCGCUUUGAAUGUCAUGCAGCAGAUUGAUAAAGAAGAUCGGUCAAGUCAUUUUUGUCAUCUUUUGAUGCAAUUCAAUACAAAAGUAGGCAAGACUGCUAUUCUUGACAAGCUAUAUAAGAAAUCAGUCUUAAUCCUUUGCUUCUUUGGGUUAAAAACCUCUCUCAACCAUGCAAAAUUACAUGCUCUACAAUUUCUAUCAUUUUGCUGCAGGUUUACAAAUAAGGUGAGUUGCUGUUAUCUGUUAUCUGUCAAGACAUAUGCAUCAAUUGGUCUGCUGCAUAAAUUCAUACACUAACCAAGGUAUUUUUAACCAAGAUAAAUGAUUUUUACAAAUAAACUGCUGCAAAUGAUCCAAUGGCACCUUGAGACUUGAGUCAUAAGCUGGAUCCAAACAAUCAGAAGAGAGCAACAAGAUACAUGGUGAUAACAAAAGGUGCCAGAGCCACAGGGGCAGCUGGGGUAGCUGCCCCCAUGCCCUAGUGGUGCAGGGGCAGCAUUGGGGCAGCAAAGUGCCUUUUCACGAAAUCGAUUUCUGAGAAAUUUUAAUUCAUAUCAAAAUUUUGAAUGCUAAUCAGAUCUAGGUUUCAAGCAUCUCUCAAUACCUACGUGCAAGAGAAAAAAUAAUAUUUUCCAUGUUGAUGAGCUCUGCAUAACCAAAAAAUGUCCUUGAAUUGCUGAUAUGCCAUACGAAAUGGGCAAAGGGGUGACAUUUUUGGACCAUGAUCUCAAAUAUUUUCUAUUCGAUUAAAUGCUUUCAAAUGCUUUUAGAAACACCAAAAAACAAGCUCAAAACUAGGGUCACCAAAUGGUGGCAAGUUGGCCUUGAGCCUUGAGGUUUAGGGGGCCCUCGAGGAUCCAGGUUUGUAAAAGCAAUUACUAAGACAACAAAAAUUGUACAACUUUUUAAACGAUUGCAAGGAAAUGACUGCAAAAAUAUGUUCCGAAAUGGAUUUUUUGCUAAUCUGAUGGGCAUGAUCGCCAAAAUAUUUCAAAAGGUUCCCUCUUUCGGUUAUGUCACACGCGCAAACGGCUAAGCCAGAAAAUUAUAUCUAUAUCAUUGUAGCCAUGCUUUAUGUAACAGUCUUUCUGGCUCUAGAAUGCUCAUGUAUUUUUAAGAGCCAGCACUUGAAGCUUCUUUAAGUUUUUGAGCGAUUUGAUUUUCUUUUGAGAUCUUUAUGGGAACCUUGGUGCAAUCUGAAAUUUCUUGCGCAUAAUUUUGAGGCCGUUUUGAAGCCAAAUUAUCUCUCUCCAGAAGUAACAACAAUAUAAUGAUAUGGUUCCUUCUGCUUUCAAAAUCUUUGUUAUAUAGAUGUAGCCAAAUAUGGAACUCAGUUCCAAACCAAAUAAGUACUCCCCCACUUUACAAAUAUUCAAGAAACAAUCUCAAAAUUUUCAUCGUUCAAUUAUACUUGUGAUCUUUGCAUGGAAUACGCAUGCAACAUCAAUUAUAUUCAGUGUUGGUAAUUUAAGUUAGUUGUUUUUAUCAAGCUUAUGUUGAGGUACAGAUUGUAGCAACUUUGAAUAAAGAAAGGAAAAAACAGUUUGUUUAAAGGAGUUAUACCCAGAAGUUAUAUCAACAAGCCAUGUAGAUGGGCAUCAAAACAAAUUUUUCUUUUUAUUUCAAGUAGGAUUGGGUCCAGCCUCCCUUGAUGGUUGAAGAUGGGAUAUAAGAAACUUCGUUAAUGACUUUUUAACUGUAGCCUUGAUUUAAAUGAGUCUUUUGGGCGUAGCAACGCAAAAUUUCCCUAGGGGCUACGCUCUCUCUCUUGACUGGGCCUUCACCUACAACCAGGCUUUGUCUUGGCUAAACGACGAUUCCCAAUACCUCCAAGGUACCCUUCCUGCGGUUCCUGCCCCCGCCGCAUCAUGAAGCUUCUGGCGCCACUGGUGAUAACAGAUGCAUUGUAAAGUGAACAGGCAAACAAAAGGGUCAAAGUUUAUUAAUGGAAAGAAUAUGUUGCAUGCUCCAAAAGAACUGACUCUUCGGCCCCAUUUGUUAAAGAUGUUGCAUUAUCAUACGUUUCAUCAGAGGUUUGAAACUAUGCAAUGCCACGUAUGCAUUUCACAACUUAAAUGCAACUUGUCCACGAAUGUAUGGAGUCCAAAUUAAUAGGAAGUGUGCACUUAUCAUAUUUAUUAUUUGGUAUAAUCACGAUGUUUGCCACGCAAGAUUGCUAAAACUUCCUUCGGGUUUCAAAUACACUCAUUUGCUACAAGAAACAAAGAUCAAAUUUGAGUACUCCAGUCUCUUUACGCUUUGGGACAUUCCAAUAAUCGUUGUUUGUUAAGAGUUUCUUAAGUAUGACGUCAUUGAUUUUGACAUUGGAUUUCUAUUUUUAAUUUUUACGCUUAGAAACUUCCCACCAGGACCUUGCAAUGUGGGGUUUUCGACGCUACAACCAGAGAAUGCUCGUGACAUUUCUAUUAAGUGAAUCAAUUACAUCACCAAUGCUGUACUGAGAUGAAGGAAGUAUGUUUUCUUUCUAUCAGUUUAAAAUUAGUCAAUCUGAUUGAUGGCAUUUAAUGAAAUAUGGAGAUCUGGGUUUCCUGUUAAAUUCAAUUUUUUCAAAAGAAAUUUCUUAAUUUUUUCUGAUUGAUCAGUACACGUAAUUUAUAUCGAGUUUCUUAUGAAAAAAGACUGUAAUACUAUUUUAAAUUUUAGGCCAGUGAUAAUAGAUGACAGAAUUUGUGAGAUAUGUAUUUAAAUUUAUAUUCAUACUCGUAUGAAGAGGUAAGGAAUUAUUACAGAAGGGGUUUGAACGAGCACAAAGCAUUUGCGACAGUCAUGUGCUUAGGUAGAAGAUGAGAGUCGGUGGUAGAGAUCAGAGUGCUAGUUUGGAAGUAGAAGGCUGAGAUAGAUAUAAAGCUGAAUUUUUAGUUGAUGGAAGGAAGUUGCCGAUCUCGCAACACAUAGAUCUCUAUCCUCAACCAAGCAGCUUACUUCCGCGGUCAUGUGCCGAGGCGUUUUGUCAAAUGCAUGUCAACUGAUUGGUUAACGGGAAAAUCGACUGGGCACAACCCUCUUCGCAGGACUCGAUCAUUUCAAAAAUAAUGUUUUCAUACUGGUCACCUGGAAACGAAUGACGGUCUCAAGCGACAGAAGAAUAACCAGUAGGGGGGCUUUCUCCUUCUGUUUAGGCUAACCUGCUUCUAGUAUCCAUUAGUUUGAAUUAGGGCAUUCAUUAUCAUACGAAGGUGUUAACUGGUAGCAUUACAUUUUAUGAAUUGCCUGCCACUUUUUGACUGCAUAAUUUAUGAGAAGAUGAAGUACCUUGGCUGGAAUUUUCUUUUUUGGUUAAAUAUAGAUUAAUUUUGUUUUUAUUACAUGUCGAAGAGGCGUUGAUGUUUGGAUAACAAGGACAAAGUAAUCUACCUUAGAUAACAAAGAUGGUGAAUGCAAGGGGACGUCAAGGCGUUCUAGAGACAUUGUGAAACGGCAAAACCGAGAAAAUAAAAACAUUUGGAAAAGCAUGGAGUAGGAUUGAGGUCGCCGAUCGCUGGAUUCACUGAAACCCUGGAAAGAAGAGCUACUCCAACAUUGAAGGUUACCAAAAAAUCAAAAAGAUGGGACCAUUCUCAGUAUCACUCGUAUUUGUUUACAUUGGCUUAUUGGGAAAUGCCCUGUCUCUUCCGACAGUAUUCUACAAGCCAGAGCCUGGUCUUCUCCUCAAUACUUGGAUAAAGUCAUCAGGGACACCUAUAAAUAAUUUCAACAGUAUAUACGGCUAUCCUGACUGUCCUACUGGCAUAGUGCAUAUGGAUAAAUUUGAAUGGGGAGCCGCGACAAUUAACCUAUAUCAGCACUAUCGGCUUAGGGCCUACUUUGUGUCUCCUCUGACUGGUGCACAUCGUCUGAUUCUUGCCUGCAAGAGGGAAUGCGAAGUAGAUUUUGAACUGCAGCCUGGAAUCGUCGAAACCACCAAACAUACAGACACGAUGUCUUCAACUAUAGGAUGGACCUUCAGGACACUUUCCAAUGAACUUUCACUGAUAAAAGGAUUCAGAUACAAAAUUGAUGUCAAAUACUAUGAUGGAUCAGGUGGUCCAUAUUUCAUGAAGCUUGGCGUCUUGCUACCAAACGGAACUGAGGUCAAGCCACUGGAUACACGGUAUCUUCGAAGAUCAAUGGAAUUUUACAAGUUCAACGGCUUGUUGGCAGAAUUUUUUCAUUCAAUCACUUACCCUAGCGUGAAAACAUUACAAGGUUUUGCAGAUGCCAAUCCAACGAAGUAUCCGAAUAGCCCAACGAGAGUUUACUGUCGCCCUUCUAUAUAUGACACACAAAAUGACAACCAUCCUGAUAAUACUGGAAUUUGGCACACUGGAUAUUUUAAAGUGGCUCAGAAUGGGAGUUAUGAGAUGAAAACGAAGUGUAAUUCAUUCUGUGUUAUCAACAUAACGAAGGCCUAUAACAAUGUUCAGAGAAUAUUCUCAGAAACGAGUACAGGUUACGCCACACAUUCAAUUGGUGAAUAUGCGAAAAACGCGUACUACCCCCUUGAUAUUCUCCAUGUUGAAGGCAGUGAUCCGGAUUAUUUAAGAGUGGAACGGAGAUUGGGUUCAGGAAGUUUUCAAAGUGAUUGGACUGGCUCUUUGUCCAAUCUUUUGGCAAUUGACACACUUCUGUACAUUCCAAGUCCGAUUCUAUCUGUGGAGAAUUCAACAGCAUUAUCAGCACAGCUUCUUAUUGCACCGAUUGUUCCAAAUGGUGAUCAAUGGAGCGCGUCAAGUUCCUAUGAAAUUCUUUACUACAAAAAGUCUGAUCCGUCUUCAAAGGUUAAAUUAACAAUAAGUGGAACACUACCCAUCAAGAAAACUGUUACUGGUUUUCAACCGUAUACUGAAUAUACCUUCUAUGCUCAUUUUUACGGUUUCAUAAAAUCGACAAUUGAACACAACAUCAUAUCCGCAGAGAGAACUGCACGCACAGAUGAAGACGUACCUGGAGACUACCCACCUAGUCUUUCAGCUACAACAGCAUCGUCAACUGCCAUUCAAUUGUCCUGGAUGCCUCUCUCUUCCGAUGCAAAAAGAAACGGAAUUAUAACUGGCUACACAGUUAAGUUCAAAAUAAAUGGGACCUCCACUUGGCUGUUUGAUACAGGCACCUCUCGAUACAGAACAAGCGAUUCAUUAAAGAAAUAUACACUUUACGAAUUUAGCGUUGCCGCUAAAACUUCCAAAGGUGCUGGUUUAUAUAGUCCAGCAGUUGAGAGAAGAACGGCUGAAGAUGUUCCAAGCUCUGCUCCGGACAAUAUCAUAGGAUACAACACCAGCUCAACAAGCUUAAAAGUUCAAUGGGGUGAAGUCCCUCAAGAUCAUCGCAACGGAAUCAUCACCGGCUACAAAUUCCAGAUUAGGAAAUCUUCCGGGAGUUGGCAAAGCCCGGUCUCGAUCACAGAUAAAUUCUAUGAAAAAACCGGCUUGGCCUAUUGGACAUUGUAUGAUGUUAGAGUAUCGGCCGAAACGUCGAUUGGAGAAGGUGCAAAAAGUGAGAUCAUCGAAGUCAGGACAGAUGAAGACAAACCAGGUGGGCCUCCAAAAAAUGUAAUUGCAACAGCUAUGUCGUCCUCCUCAAUCAAGGUUCAAUGGACAGACAUUGACUCUGAUCUACGUAACGGCAUUAUCGUAUUAUAUGUUGUGCAGUAUCAGCGAAAGGACAAACUUGACAGUCUGCAGACAACUAACACAACAGACAAGUUUGUAUUGCUCACGGGGCUUGCUAAAUAUAUUGAGUAUGACAUGAGUGUGGCAGGUGUCACUGGAAAAGGUGUUGGAAUAUUUUCAGCCACAGUUACAGAAAGAACAAUCGGAGACGUGCCUACAGAGCCGCCAACUUCAUUGGGUGGUGGGUAUCUUAGUGCGACUAUCAUAUACGUCACAUGGGAUGUCAUUCCAGUACAUGGUCGAAAUGGUAUAAUUGGCCAAUACAAAAUAUUAUACAGGAAGAAGGAUUCCGAUUCGGAAUGGCUAUCCGAAACUGUCAUGUCUUCUAACACUAGAAUUGAAAUCAAGGGUCUGGCAUACUAUACUUACUACGCUGUGAAAGUUGCUGGUGUCACUGACCAUGGCAUAGGAACUUUCAGUUCUGCAGUCUAUAUUAGAACAGAUGCAUACGGGCCAACAAAGCCACCUACUAAACUGAAUGGUACCUUUGUAAAUCAUACGAGUGUAGAAAUAUUUUGGUCGAGAGUGCCUGCUGACUAUCGACAUGGUAUCAUUACUGGUUACAAGCUAACCUACUCCGAUUCGACAACCAAGUCUGCGCCAUGGAUUAACCGUACUGUUCCAAAUCAUAAUGGCUCUGAGGAUGCUGUAUUCAACAUUACAAUAUCAGGAUUGAAAAUUUACACUCCCUAUAUUUUCAAGGUUUUGGCUUACACUUACCGAGGAGAGGGACCUUUCUCAGAAAACAUAACAGUCUGGACUGACGACUAUGAGCCUGAUGAAAUCCCGAAAAAUAUAUCAAAAGGUAACAAAACAUCUACAGAAUUGAGUUUCAGUUGGGUUCCAAUGGAUGAAAUAAAUGGACAAGCUAAUGGAAAGAUAACUGGUUACAGAAUACGGUAUCAUGUGGUUGACUGCCACGCGGAUAGGCCGGCCGGGUGCAACGAGAGUGAAGUCUUCACAUUGAUAACAGAUGGUGCUGAGCCACGCAUAUCAAUAGCAGGAUUGCGCAAGUUUACAAACUACAGUGUAACCAUUCAGGCAGUAAAUAGGAAAGGAUCUGGGAACUUUUCGCAACCAAUUUACGUCAUGACAGCAGAAGAUAAGCCAGAUGCUCCUCCGCAAACGAUAGAGACAUGGCCAGAAAAAAGUGACAAAAUCGCUGUUUACUGGAGUCCAAUACCAGAAUCUUUAAGAAACGGCGUCAUCACAGGAUAUCGAAUUUUCUACAAGCAUCUAGACGUCCCCCUUCGCAAAGCUGGAAGAAGUCCGAGAUCCAUCAACCCAUUGGCAGUGUAUGGUGCUCUUCCGGGAGAAAAAAUGAAGGAAGUCAAUUCUUCGACAUUUCAAACAGAAAUUGAGAAUUUAAAAGAGUACAGUUGGUAUCAGAUCCGGGUUGGGGCAGUAACGUCAGAAGGUCUUGGAGUAACAUUCUCGAUCAAUGGAACCUGCAAACAAGGAGCUCCUAUCGAAGCACCUGACUUCCAAAUAUUUGACAAUUACGGAUUUCAUGAAAUUUCCCUUAAAUGGGGAAAUAUAAGCCAUGCUGCAGCAAGAGGAGAAGUACUGGGUCACCGGAUCUCUUACUGGUCUAUAGAGCAAAAUGAUGUGCCUGUAUUCCAGGGGAAGAUUUCACAGAUCGAUGUCCUGGAACCAAAUCGAAGCUUGGAAAUAAAAGGUCUCGUGCCAUAUACAACCUACGGUGUGAUUAUUUCUGCAUUCACAGAAGGAGGUAUUGGAGUGCCAUCAGAACACAAAAAAGGAGAGACCUGCCGGUGCCCGAAGGUUUUCAAGUCAGCUUGGAUCAAGCUGGCACCUAUUGUUCAAAGCAACACAACAAUUGCAGGGAUUAUUCCGAAAUACGUCGACGAAGCUGUUCAAGAGUGUUGUGGCAACUGCACGUUCGGGCAGGGACCGAGCAGCGUUGAUUGGGUGCACGAUGCAUUUAACAACACUGCGAUGAAGCAAAAGAAAAGUUCUCUACUUGAUGCCACUUUAAGUGACACGCACAUAACUCUCCCAGUGUUCAAAGAGAGUGAAGAGGCGGCGGAAAGUGCUUCCACUCUUUAUGACUAUAUCAAAUUUCUUCCUUCGUCUGGCAUGGUCUUUUUCAAGCGCAAGCCAUCGAAAAUAGAAAUCGGAAAUGAAGGAGCGUUAAAAGUGGUUGAUUCGCUGCUUAGUCUAUACACAGUGCUGGUUAUAAUGGUCCUGUUUAUGAUUGUCGCUGGAUUUGUUUUCUGGUUUCUGGAAAGAGGUGAUAACGCAGACGAAUUCCCAGAUGACUUCUUUCGUGGCACCGGAAGUGGUAUUUGGCUUGCCUUCAUCACCAUGACGACCGCAGGAUACGGCGACAUUGCUCCCAAGACAAUUUUAGGACGAUUAUUUGCGGUUGUUUGGACGCUGGCUGGGAUCAUAAUCACAAGCUUAAUCGUAGGGCAGAUUAUCAACUCGCUCUCUACAAGCACAAUCACUAUGCCAUCGUCAAGUGCAGCCGCAGGGUCGAAGAGCGAAAAGGUAAUGGCAUCGAACGAAACACUUAUGAUAUCCAUCACAAAACUGAGAAAGAAAACUGUUUCUGGAAACACCGCUGAUCCGGAGGUAGUCAAAAGUUCCCUGCUGUCAAAUGCAGUGACAAAAGUGAUGAUCGAGGCAUUUGAAGCUGGAACUAUGAAAGAGCAACUGAAGCAUCCUGACAUAAUGUUUGACAAACUGGUGUCAAUUGAUGCCUCGUACGGAGUCGUUCUUGCUGCCGAGGCGCGAAGAUUAAAGUCUUGUAUGAAUCGAUACGUAAAAGAAAAUUCACCAAAGAUCUUCAAAGAACUUGCAAAACAUACAGUUUCAUUUAAGUCUGAAGAUGUCAGUGAGGAACAAAGUAUUCCGGUGAUAUUGUCGAAAGAUGCGGAUAUUACGUCAAUGCUAGUAAAGUAUGGUGGAAUCUUGUUGUUUCUUCUAGUCGUUCUUGGUUUGAUCUAUGAUGCAGUUAGAUAUGUAAGAGGGCGGACUAAAGUUGCUACGCAGCCAAUGCCGGUUGAGGAAUUGUUUCAUCAAGCAGACAAACUGAUCAAUGAUAUGGUGGAAAAUCUCUCAAAGCAGGCAGAACUUUUUGACAAAAAACAUACAAAGGAAAGAUGGCGUCUUGUGCGAAUGGAUGUGAAGGACCUGAAGGCAAUCAUGCCGAACCUAACGAUUUUUCAUGAAGACUUGAGAGAAGACCUUGGACAAAAUAACCCAUAUAUUGUUUAUCAGGAAAAGACCAAUUAUGACUCUGAUGAGAGUACAGUGGAUAUGCCUAUUGACUAUAAAAUAUCUUAACUUACUAAAUAUGCAGUAACCUAAAUUUCAAUUGAUUGAAAUUGUUGUCAUAUGUACAAAAAACAUAAAAUACUUUAAAAAAUAAAAUAUAUAACAUAUAAUUGUUACUUAAAAUUAUUAUAAAUAUUAUAAACUGCAUAAAUGCUUUUUUUACAAUAAAAAUCGAGUUUUUAAGCUAAAUUUUGCUGAGGCAAAUGCUUUGUAGCUAAACC